CUGACCUUUAAUGUUAUCCCCUUGAUUAGUGCAUUACAGCCAUGCUGAGGACCAAAGCAUCUGCCACCACUAUCCAUUAGCUGAGCCUCAGGACUGUGUUUGGAAGGAACCAUCCUCACUCACUUGUUUGAUGCUCUCUCCCCUCUUCUCAGUCUUGAACUAUCAGCUCCCCAGUCUGGUUCCCUGUAAACUGAAUUGAAAGGUUUAGUCCUUUCAUAAGUUGGGUCAGCAAAAUCUCAAAAGACCUUACACAUUUCAGCAUGUGUGAUUCUGAAGGGAAUCAGAUUGCUGCACCCUGUGUCUCUCACCGUCACCAAAAAACUUUGCUCACUCUAUGGUGAAGACCUGUAUACAGGCCACAAAGGCCUGGAUAAAUGCAAAAUUCCACUGUCAUUCUUUGCUCAUGAGUUCAGUCCGUAUACAGCCAAACCUGUUUGAUUCACUUACCUCAAAACCAGUUAUUUUAAGUGCUUUAAGGUUUUAAGGUUACUUCAGAACAGUACAUUUCCAUCUUAGGCUUUGAAUAUAAAAAUAACCAUAGCCAGCAAAACAGCCACAUAGAAAUUAUCCUGAGUGCUUCUUCCAAAACUUCUGUUUAGCAAACACACGUGCAUUUUACUCCAGACACUGAUUGUUUGCAGGCAAGAAAGAUGUGUGGAUGGAAAUCCUCCUGAGGCAUGUGUGCCAUCUCUUUGCUUGCGAAGACGAAGGUUAACGUCGAACUUUUCAACUAAUCAAAAGUGGAAUUUCUAGCUGCUUGGCAUGAAGUUUUUUGGACUUCUUUCUGAUUGGGGACAGCAUUGUUCUUCAAACAACAGGAAAGGCUGGGACAACAACGGGAAGCAAAGGCUAGGGGGAAGUGCUUUAUUGCCUCUAUGUUUCCUUUUCCUUCCAGCGACAAGCAGAAGAGUAUAGUAGUUUUUUUUACGUACCUUUUGGUACUUUUGGGUGUGUUUUUAUUUUUGUAUGGAUCUGAGGAAGAGACUGUGAAACAGGGUCUGUAUGAGCUGCUGGCAGCUCUGCCGUUGCAGCUGCAGCCCCAUGUCAGCUGCCCAGAGGACAACACUUUCCUCCAGGACAUGUUUGGAGAGAGAAGCCUCCACUUGCUGAUCAAGAUCCAUGAACGGCUGCAGCACUAUGAAGAGAGCAAACCCGUCCCUGUCCAGGACAACGCUGCAUCUCUGGGCCAUGAAAUGUCUGAGGAGCUGGAAGGGAAAUCUGCCAAUGGAGAAAUCAAAGAGCUUCUACAAAUACUGGCCAAACCCCACGUGAAGAGCCUGCUGUCGGUCCAUGACUCUGUCGCCCAGAAGAGUUACGACCCUGAACUACCUCCACUGCCUGAAGACAUUGACGACGACGAGGAUUCGGUGAAAAUCAUAAGACUCGUCAAAAACAAGGAACCUCUCGGAGCAACGAUAAGGCGUGACGAUCACACAGGAGCCAUCAUCGUGGCCCGGAUCAUGAGAGGAGGAGCAGCCGACAGAAGCGGACUGAUUCACGUUGGGGAUGAACUGAAGGAGGUCAAUGGAAUCCCUGUGGAAGACAAGAAACCAGAGGAAAUCAUUCGUAUUCUUGCCCAGUCGCAAGGAGCCAUUACCUUUAAAGUUAUCCCUGGCAUCAAGGAGGAUGCGCCAUCCAAGGAGCCAAAGGUGUUUAUGAAGGCACUCUUUGACUACGAUCCUAAGGAGGACAAAGCCAUCCCGUGUAAGGAGGCUGGACUGGCCUUUAAGAAAGGCUCCAUCCUUCAGAUCAUGAGCCAAGAUGAUGCAACCUGGUGGCAGGCCAAAGUCGAGGGGGAAGCCAAUCCCCGUGCCGGCCUUAUCCCAUCCAAACAAUUCCAGGAGAGGAGAUUUGCACUGCGGCGACCUGUUGCGACGCUCCCGUUCCAGAAGACCUCUAGCCGACGAUCAUCUGGGUUCAGGAGAAGCUUUCGUCUCAGCAGGAGAGACAAAAAGACCAACAAGUCCAUGUACGAGUGCAAGAAGAGUGAAAUGUAUGAUAUGGCUGACGUGCCGACGUAUGAGGAGGUCACAUCGUACCGAAGGCAGAGUGGAGCCAAACACAGACUGGUGGUCAUCGUAGGACCGACAGGUGUUGGCUUGAAUGAGCUCAAGAGGAAACUGUUGAUCGCAGACCCCCAGCACUUCAGUGUAACCAUCCCACACACCAGCCGGGCCAAGAGGAACCAGGAGACUGACGGCGUGGAGUACCACUUCAUUUCGAAACACCUCUUUGAGACGGAUAUCCAUAACAACAAGUUCAUCGAGUAUGGCGAGUACAAAGGGAAUUACUACGGGACGAGUUUAGACUCGAUACGCUCCGUCCUCUCCAAGAACAAAGUGUGCUUAUUGGAUGUUCAGCCUCAUACGAUAAAGCACCUGCGGACAGCAGAAUUUAAACCCUUUGUAGUGUUUGUGAAGCCUCCUACGAUCGAGAGAUUGAGGGAGACCAGACAAAACGCCAAAAUCAUAUCAGGCAAGGAUGACAAGGGAUCUGCCAAGCCAUUCACGGAGGAGGACUUUCAGGAAAUGGUGACGACUGGCCAGAUGAUGGAGACUCAAUACGGCCAUCUUUUCGAGAAGGUCAUCGUCAACGACGACCUUUCGGCCGCCUUCAGCGAGCUGCGGUCGGUGCUGAAGAAGGUGGAGACGGAGGCUCACUGGGUUCCAGUCAGCUGGACUCACUCCUGAGAUUCAACAAACUGUAUAAAGGGAAAAGGGAUUUGAAAGAAAAUAUGCAGGGUUUAUUUUUAUCUUUCUAUGUCUGCUGUGGUUGGUGUUGGGGAGGGGGGGUAACGGGAAUAAAGCAAGGCGGCACCGGACGGCUGUGCCACCAUACCUGAACUGCACAGAGCUAAAAAUACGCUUUUGCUUGGGAUUGGGUUGGAUUUCAUCCUUAGUGGUUGUCUGGACGUGGUUCUCCGGGUCCGCCCGGAUCUGACAGGGGUGAGGCUAAGGACACCUGUCCAGAAUAAUGAGCCUUGGACAUUGAUCCAGGUCUGGGUCCCCCAUACAUUGAGUUUGAGCUCUUUGGUCCAAACCAGAACGUGGAACGAGCCUGGACCAUCACAGCCCCAGCAGUCCUGCCAGCACAUCAUGCCAACUGUCUUGAGUGUACGUGUAACAUUAGACCAUUAGAAAACAAAGGGAUUGACAUAUUUCUUCUUGGUGCACAACAUACAUGCAUGUGCAGGGAGGGGGAGGACAUGUUUGCAUUCUGUCUCACUACAUUUCUAUGCUUCUAUGUUGCUUCCAUGACUGUUGCUCCAAACAAAACAUUGUCGGGUACACGCUCAAGAAAAGUACAGUAAGUGUAAUUAUAUGUAAGAGAAAUUUAUAUAUUCUAAUAUCGUCUGAUUGUUUUUUUUUGUUUUUUUUUUUGGUGUAACUUUUUAUAUACAUAUCUGGACUUUAUGCGCAAACUGAUCUCAAGCCACGGUAGACAUGGUUUUCACACAGGAGGCGUCUCUUCUUUCAGACAAGUGUUUUGAUUUCAUCACCCUGGUCUAGUUUUCCCUCUACAAAGCACAUAGAGAGCCAUUUUAGUUAGGUGUUAUAUAUUCCUUUUAGGAGCAUUUUGAAAAAGCCACUCUUCGUAUGAAGGUGCCCAGCAUAACAGCUUUGCCAUUUAAAAGUCCCAGAACUGGACACUUUUGGCUGCUUGCUAGAAGAAAAUGUUCACAAUUGUGUUUUAUUAGGGUGGAGUCUUUAUUUUUAUUCACAUAAAAAUGGCUUCAGCAAGGCUGCUAAUAGAGGGUCCGCAGCACACUUCCAGGAUUUCGAAUCAGACAAAUGGUAAGUAGCCGCUCCUGACUUUAUGAGCAUUAGAAGUUUUAUUGCUAUUUUGAGUCUCCCAUUCCCAGUCUAUCAUGCUCCUUUUUCACUCCGUACUUUUUUUUUUUUUUUUUUUUUUUUUAAGAGAUACUCCACAGUAUGUUCUGGUACACAUAAGAUUUUCUGUGUUAUUAUCAUUAACAACGUACAAAUAAUAGUUUUGAUAGAUCCUGGUUCAUUUGCUGCCAAUGUAGCAAAGCCUGAUAAAUGAUUUUUAGGGGGGUUUCUUGCCGAGUGUGAGAUGAGAAGAUGGACACCGCUUUCAGGUUUAUAUAUUAAUGUGUGGAGCCGAGAUGAAAGUAGCUUAGCGUACCAUAAACAAUGGAAACGGGUAGUAGUUAUCAGCCUGGCCCUGUCCACAUUUUAAAAAAGUAUGCUCAUUAGCACAAAAGUUUUGGUUUUAUGAGGUUGCUGUCAAACUUAUUGUUUGUGAACCAGAUAUUUCUUUAUUUGUAGGCAUUAAAGGUGCUGCUACGUAUAUUUCUCAACUUUUAAGUUGUCGUUUCCCCCUGCUUCCAGUCUUAAUGCCUAUAAGCUAAUUACCCUCUGGCUUUUAUGUUAGUGUGAUUAAAAAAAAAAUUAAAUCUUUUUAAGUCUUAGCAAGAAAGCCAAUAAUAUUUCGCACAAAUCCCAGUUUUUUAUGUUUGUUUUGUUUUGUCUUUUUUUUUCUUUUCAUUUUUUAACAAUUGGCCACCACACUGUGCACAUCUUUUUUUGCAUUUUGCAUAUACACUAGCUGUAUGUCCAGCUCAGGUGGCAUUGCCCAGUGUUCAUUUAUUUGACCUCUUUUCUGUGGAACCCAAAACAGGCCGUAGGUGGAGUCAUUUUUUUCAACGCUGUUAUUAUUUUGUCAUAAAGAUACGCCCCUCCUGUGAGAAUGAGUUAACUUAUUGCUUUAUCUCUCUCUAUUUUUACAGCCAAUUUCCGGUUAUAACAAGGUGUAUAUAUUUUAACCUUUAUUUAUAGAUUUUACAAAUAAUACCAAACGAUGCAGGGAAACACUGACAAUGGAAACAAAAAAAAAGAAUUGAGAUUCCCAAUCUCGAGAUAAUGAAGUGCAUUAACCCACUGUGAGAAGAAGCAAACUGUCAACCUGGGGAAACCGCAAAACUGAACUUGUGAUCUGGAAACAACAGCCUUUUGAAAAAUAGCUGCACCUACUGUAUGCCAGUUGUCAGCUUGUGUGUUUUCCACCUACUAUUGAGUUCCGUCCAUUUUUAAAAAGGGUGAUGUAAGUGUUUAUGCUGGGGCUAUAAUGAUAAUACACAUUUGAAAGGGAUCUUUACACACCUCAACACUUUACAUGUUUCAAGCACAGCACGAUACAACUAACACCAUUUUAUGUUUUUAGUUACGUUGCAACUACUUGUUUUAAUUGUAACCGUUAAAAUAGUGUCAGUUGAAUCCUGGUUUUCACUUUUCCAUCUACUGUUAUUCCUUCACCUCUUCAUAUCCUCCCCUUCUGUCAUUUAUUUUGUUGUUCAGAAUCAGAUUUGUAUAGUCUCCAGAAAAUAUUUUUAAUUUCCUGCUGUAAAUGAAAUGCUGUUUAUGAGGCAAGUUGUAUGAAUUUGCAUUAUUCUUGAUAACUGCUACAUUUUAUAUUAAAGAAAAUCCAACUAGA